AGGGCACAUUGCAAAGCAUUUUAGCGCAGAGGAAGAGCGUAUACCCCACCUCGAUCAAAUCCUCCUCACCUCCUCAUUCGCUACAAAGUGGCACUUUUGGGCCCAAUUCAGCCCCCAAAUAUAUGCUUUAGAAAACAAUUUAUACGCUGCAAGAAAAAGGGGAAAAAAAAACUCGGUUGUACUGAAUUUGGUAGCCCGAAUUGUCCGUGCCCGCUCUCUCCAGGUGUAUGCUGUUUUCAAUGCGAUAACCGCGCGGCCUGUUUGGCCAAAUUGCCCGCUUGUAGUUGGCCCCAGGGUUCGAGCUUUGCACCUAUGCCCUUCUAGUCUAGUGAAGGAUAAAUAUAUGAAUAUACGCUGUUAUGCGGCUGCUUCUCAUCAUCUGCUACAGGCGUAAUUUAAUCGAUGUUAUGUAUGGCUCAACUGCUUUCAUCGGGCUUUUGGAUCUGCGGGGGGAGAUGCCAUGAAUGAAAUUGUGGGUGGAAGCUGCAGCUAGCGCAGGAAGAUUGGGAGCGCGCAAGGGUUUUGUAUUUUGAUCGCGCGGUUUUAAAAUUUCACGAACUGCCCCACACCCACAUCCUAAAUUAAGGUGAAUUUUUCUUUAACAGAGGCUCAGUCUCAAUACCCUUUGGCAGCAGAAUUUGUCAUUAUAGCUAGCAAUCCGAGGAGAAGAGGCAGAACCUUCAUGAUUGAAGAAUUCUCUGAGGUCUUUAAUAUGGGUGUAUGCUAUUUUACCUCUGAGCAUGGUUCAUUUGAUUCAUUCCUUCAUGGGUUUCACUAGAUUCAGAUUGCUAGAAAUGAGUAAACUAUUUUGUAUUGCAUUAUCUGAUGGGAACAUGAGCUUGCCAAUGAUUCGAAGAUGAAAGCACACAUGUUUGAACUGAUUGGGUUGCCUUUUGGGUCUCAAAAUAUGUAUCUCGCAGAAGUUGCUAUAUUGCAAAUUCAUAUAUGCCACAGAAAUAUAGAUGGAUAAGUGUUCUUUUUGGUAGUCUGAAAUAGCAGUUUAGAUCUAGUACAGCAGAACAAUAGGAUGCAUGCUCAGGCACAGAUUACAGGUCAGGUCUCAGGACAGGUAACUGGCCAAGUGGGAGGACAGUUGUCUGGUUUGGCACAACAGAAUGGGAGCAGUUUAGCUUCACAGGCAUCAAAUCAUGGGGGUAUGCGAAGGUCAUGGCACACAGAUGCAGAUGUUCUUGCAGUGCGGCGACAUAUUAUAGAAAAGAUUUCGCAAAUUUUUCAGCGGCACCCAAUUUCUCCAGAGUGGCAACAACGGUUGCCUGAGUUUGUGAAGCGCCUAGAGGAAGGUCUAUUCAAGGAAGCUGUUUCAAAGGAAGAAUACAUGGACUCGAAUAGCUUAGAACGGCGCUUGCAGCAAAUGGUGAAGCGGUUUCAACCACCAAACACUCGUAACCAGAAUCGAAGUCAUCACAAUCCUCCUUUGGGACCAAUGAUACCAACUCCAGGAUUACAACAAAAUGGAAAUGUAAGCUCAAUGAUUCCUACACCAGGUAAUGAUAUUUCAACGGCUAAUGGUCCUGGCAAUGGUAAUAUGGUGCCCAACACCAUGGGAAACAUGCUUCCAAAUAGCAAUGAUAGUUCGAGCAUAAUGCAUGGUAACUCAUUAUUGGCAAGUGAUGGCUGCACAAGUAAAAUGGUGCCAACUCCUGGCCUUACUGCUAACAUCUUUUCACACAGUGGUGACAAUAUCUCUUCUCUUCCAGGACAGUUGAACAAUACAUUUCAUUCACAGCAAGGAAUAAGUAACAUAUCCACAGGCAUGGGAAACCACAUCAUGCCUACAAUCAACAUGCCAAGAGUUGGAAGCCAGAUGAUUCCAACUCCCGGAUUAAGUACACCACAAUCUGUGUCGAUUAACUGUUCAUCUUCUGGUGGAUUAGGUCACUCUAAUGUUGACCUUCUGACAGCUGCUCAACAGCAACAACAAUAUAGUGGAGGGCAAAACAAUAGAAUGUAUAACAUGAAUGGUCAAGUAGGUGGUACCAUGGGAAUUAACAUGCAGUCAAAAAAUUCAUCUUACGGGUUGUUAAAUGGAAGUAUGAGUAAUGGGAUGCAGCUGAUGAGUGGCAAUCAACAUUUGAUGAAUGGCACUAAUUCACUUUCUAAUACCGGAAGCUUUGUGAAUGCUUCUAGAUUCGGCCACCUUCAAAUGUCUUCACAACAGCAUAUAAAUCAGCAACGGCAGCGACAAUUAAUGCAACCGCUGUCUCAUACAAUCACUCCCCUGGCAAGUGAUAGCUAUGCGAUGAAUGCAGCUGACCUGGCUGGUUCUGGAAACAUGUAUAAUGCUGCAACAUCAGGUGGACUUACAGCUGGAACAAACCUGAAUUCAAAUUCUUUAGGGAUACAUUCAAAAAUGAUCCCUGUUCCUGGUUUAUCCUCUCAGCAACCAAAUCUGCAUGUUCAGCAGCAGGUUCAACAGAAUAAGUCCCAGUCUCUUGAUAGUUCACAACAAAUUAAUUUUCAAUCACCCAGAGGUACAUUAUUUCAGCAAUAUCAGCAGCAGCUACAACAACCAUACCAACAGAAUGUGCAACACCAAUUUCAGCAUUAUCAACAGCAACAUCAUCAAAAUGAACAAAAUCAAAAUCAACAACAAUCAUUAAAAAAUGAAGAGGUACAAUCUAUACAGCCAAUGCCAAAGUUAUCUGCACAAAAACAUUCUGGGAUUGGUAUGCAGCCCCAAGGUGAAGCAUUGCAGCAUUUUAUCCCACAACCCACAAAUGAAAAUUUUCAGCCACAAGUCACAGGUCCACAGGCCCAGCAAUCCCAGUCAAGAGGACUGCAUAUGCACCAAGAUCCUUCUAAUCUUCGGCUGUUGUGUCCGCCACUCUCUCAGAGUCAACACCAGCAGCAGGUAUCGUCACCUCAGGCUCAGGAACAACAACAAACCCAAUCACAGAAUGAUUCAAAUAGCUUUCCUGCAGAGCUUCAGACAGAUGCUGUCUUGCAAAGCUUGCAAGAGUCACAGUCUCAGGAGAAACUUCACCUCCCAGAUCAGGUUCCAUGUUCUACAGAGCAGGGUCUAUCUUUAGCAGAGCAGCAACAUCUGCCCCAAGAAGUUGAGCAAAGUAUAAGUAAUCAUAAUGAAUCUGAAAACAAUCAGCAGCCACAACAAUCUUCUGUGACUGGAACCAUUUCAACUAUAACAAAUCAAAGUAGAGGUGAAACACCAUCUGGAGCUAUGGGGCUGCCUGGACAACCCAAUAAUAUUGCUUUGGCACGCCAACAGCAAUAUAUCAAACAACAACGUUGGUUGCUUUUUUUGCGUCAUGCUAGUAAAUGUUCAGCUGCUGAAGGACAAUGCCAAACAUCACAUUGUUGGACAGCACAGAAGUUAUGGGCACAUAUUACAAAGUGCCAUGAAUCUAACUGUUCAUAUUCUCGAUGUCAAGCAUCAAGGACUCUUCUACGGCAUCAUCAGCAAUGUCGUGAUAUAAAGUGUCCUGUUUGUGGUCCUGUUCGUCAAAUCAUAAUGCAACGUACAGGACACGGGCAAGGGCAAUCAUCAAGUCAGGGGGAGACAGGUCCUGCAAAUGGUGUUAGAAAGUCUGUGAAUUCUAAUAAUACAGGUGAGAUUAAUGCAACUUUGCCAUCAAAGUCUUGGAAUGCUGUGCAAGAAGCAGUGCAAAUUCAGCAGCCUCCACUUAAGAAAGCAAAGACUGAACCUUCCUCACCAAAUUGUGGAGUGCAACAAGUUGAAACCACACAAGGAUCUACUCCAAAUCUAAACAAAAAGCAGGGGGCCUCCCAAGUGCAGCCUCAAGUUUUCCAGCAAACUGGGCAGUGUGCAGCUUUAACAAAAUCUGAGACCCUCAAAGUUGCAAAAGCAGAGCCUAUAUCUGAAAAAAUGGAACCAGAUGUGAGUUUCAACUCAUUCAUUUCCCAGAAAUCUGCAGAAUUAAAGGAUGAUGCAACAGUUGAACAUGGGCAAGCAUCAUGGCAAGCAAUAAAACCCGAUCCUUCUGCCACGUCUAUGAGCAAUGCUCCUGUGCAGGUUAAGCAAGAACUUGUAUCAGCUAAGAAUGAAGCUGGGCAGUUGAAGCCUGAAUUGGGACAAGUCAAGCAAGAAGUUGCCACAGCAGUACUUUCUGAUAAUUCAGCUGCAUCAAAGUUAGGAAAAUCAAAAAUGAAAGGUGUUUCACUUACUGAGUUGUUCACACCAGAGCAGAUUAGGGAGCAUAUCGUUGGGCUACGCCAAUGGGUAGGCCAGAGCAAAGCAAAGGCUGAGAAAAACCAGGCAAUGGAAAGUCAAAUGAGCGAGAAUUCAUGUCAGUUGUGUGCAGUGGAAAGGCUUACAUUUGAGCCUCCACCCAUUUACUGCACACCUUGUGGAGCCCGUAUCAAACGAAAUGCAGCAUUUUACACCAUGGGCAGUGGUGACACGAGGCAUUACUUUUGCAUACCUUGUUAUAAUGAGGUACGAGGAGAUACUAUUGAGGUAGAUGGAGUAACUCUUCUUAAGUCAAGGCUAGAGAAGAAGAAGAAUGAUGAAGAAGUUGAAGAGGCGUGGGUGCAGUGUGAUAAAUGUGAGGGGUGGCAACAUCAAAUAUGUGCUCUUUUCAAUGGUAGAAGGAAUGAAGGUGGGCAAGCUGAGUAUACCUGUCCAAAUUGUUAUGUUGUCGAGGUGGAAAGAGGUGAGCGGAAGCCCUUGCCUCAAAGUGCUGUCCUUGGUGCAAAAGAUUUACCAAGGACGCUUUUGAGUGACCACAUUGAGCAGAGGCUAUUUCAGCGACUUAAGCAUGAAAGGCAAGAGAGAGCAAGAGCACUUGGAAAGAGCUUUGAAGAGGUUCCUGGGGCGGACUCUCUUGUUGUGAGAGUUGUCUCAUCCGUCGACAAGAAAUUGGAAGUGAAGCAGCGCUUCCUGGAGAUUUUUCAAGAGGAAGAUUAUCCGAUUGAAUUUCCUUACAAGUCAAAGGUGGUAUUGUUGUUUCAGAAAAUUGAAGGAGUGGAGGUUUGCCUUUUUGGAAUGUAUGUUCAGGAGUUUGGAUCAGAGUGUGCUCAUCCAAACCAGCGACGUGUUUACCUUUCUUAUUUGGAUUCUGUCAAGUACUUCAGGCCUGAAGUGAAAACUGUUACUGGAGAGGCCCUUCGCACCUUUGUUUACCAUGAAAUCUUGAUUGCAUAUCUGGACUACUGCAAGAGACGAGGAUUGACUAGUUGUUAUAUAUGGGCCUGUCCUCCAUUGAAGGGAGAAGAUUAUAUUCUUUAUUGCCACCCUGAGAUACAGAAGACACCAAAGUCUGAUAAACUCCGAGAAUGGUAUCUUACAAUGUUGCGUAAAGCCAUGAAAGAAGAGAUUGUUGUGGAACUUACUAAUCUAUAUGAUCACUUUUUUGUGUCGGCUGGUGAAUGCAAGUCUAAGGUCACAGCUGCUCGCUUGCCAUACUUUGAUGGGGACUAUUGGCCGGGUGCUGCAGAGGAUAUGAUAAUGCAACUUCAACAAGCAGAAGAAAAUGGUCGGAAACAUCAAAAGAAAGGAAAGACAAAAAAAACUGCCACCAAAAGAGCAUCCAAAGCUGCUGCACUAGCUGAGCUUGCAAACAAUGCUUCAAAGGAUGCUUUAUUAAUGCAGAAACUUGGGGAAUCUAUUUUUCCAAUGAAAGAAGACUUCAUCAUGGUUCACAUGCAACAUGCAUGCUCUCAUUGUUGUCACUUCAUUGUCUCUGGCAAACGCUGGUUUUGCAAGCAGUGCAAAAAUUUUAAUCUUUGUGAUAAAUGUUAUGUGGCAGAACAAAAACUUGAUGAGAGGGAACGGCAUCCUAUUAAUGGCAAGGAAAAACAUGCACUUUUUUCUGUUGAAGUGACAGAUGUUCCUGCAGACACUAGGGAUAGAGAUGAGAUUGUGGAAAGUGAAUUCUUUGACACUCGCCAGGCUUUUCUAAGUCUUUGUCAAGGAAAUCAUUAUCAGUAUGAUACGUUACGUCGUGCAAAGCAUUCUUCAAUGAUGGUGCUUUACCAUCUGCAUAAUCCAACUGCACCUGCUUUUGUAACUACAUGCAACAUUUGUCACCAUGAUAUUGAGACGGGACAGGGAUGGCGCUGUGAGACAUGCCCUGAUUUUGACAUAUGCAAUGCCUGCUAUCAAAAGGUUGGCAGUGCAGAUCAUCCUCAUAAGUUGACAACUCACCCUUCUACAGCUGACCGUGAUGCACAGAAUCAAGAAGCUCGUCAGCAACGUGUACUACAGUUACGAAUAAUGUUGGAUCUUCUGGUACAUGCUUCUCAGUGUUGCUCUUCUCAUUGUGUAUAUCCAAAUUGUCGUCGAGUGAAAGGACUCUUCCGGCAUGGGAUGCAGUGUAAAGUCCGCGCUUCUGGAGGUUGUCCCCUCUGCAAGAAAAUGUGGUAUCUUUUGCAAUUACAUGCUCGAGCUUGCAAGGAGUCUGAGUGUCGGGUUCCUCGUUGCAGGGAUCUGAAAGAACAUUUGCGAAGGUUGCAACAACAAAUGGAAUCACGGCGCCGAGCUGCAGUCAUGGAAAUGAUGAGACAGCGCGCAGCAGAGGUGGCUGCCAGUUCAAAUUGAUUAAAUGUACAGUCUGCUUGAAGCUCGUAUAGAAGCAAAAUUCGUCACUCAAGUAUUCAGAGGAUGGGCUAGGCAAAUUUUUUAGAUAUCCAGUGAAUAAUAUCACUGGUUUCACAUCAAAUUUUGAAAGAACAUGUAUCUGAAAGUUGGAAAGAUAUCCCAUCCAAUGUUUCUUUCUGUUAUCUCCAAAUCAUUUUAGAUUUUAUGCUGUCCUUUAUUUUCAGCAUUCAUGUUUACGGACUCUAACGAUAACAUGUAGAAUUAUUCCUAAUGGUCUGCGCCCUGAACAUGGCUAGAGCGAUCCGUCAAUUGUUUUGCAGCUAACAAGAUGGUUGGUGAUAAUUUUACAAUAGGAGAUGGAGAAAGGCAUGCUCAUUUUUUUUGGGAUUUACAGGAUGAUUUGUAGCAGUUCUCUGACAUGUGAUCUAAAAAGGCAGGGCCUCAUCUUCCUUUGAAGAAAUAACGAUUUUGGACUAGUUUCCAACCAUGUUAGUCAAGUAGUAUAGUUCAAAUUCACACAGGAGAUUUCUGUUCCUGAAAAAUGGAAAUUCUUUGGAGCCUGGCCAAGUGAAUAAGCUCUUGGCAAAUGUGUAAAAGACUCUUCUUUUCUGUAUUAUUUUGAAGUACGUAUAGUCCCUCUGUGGGAUUCAAUCAUUCCCCCAGCACUUGGAAUAUUCAAUAAAAGACAUCCAGAGUUGGGCUGAUCCAGCAGAGGCAAGUCUAUUUUGCCCAUUGAAGAACAAUUGAUCCGGCCCAUCUUGGUGUGACCAAAUGUCAGAAGAUGAUUUUUCUUUAUCAGUCCUAAAAAGAGAGCAAACAUGGGCUGAUUAGUGUAAGGCACCAGUGGGCUGAUUGCAUUCUUUAUUGGGUAUUGGUGGACUGUCAUCUUUUUGCAUGGGACAAGCUGAUCAAGCACGACAGUGUUGUAAUUGAGCUGGCAUGUCUGGGUUUGAGUUGUACAGUAUGGUGCGAUGUUGUCAUGAUAGUAGUUAAUUUCCAAAUUUUGGAACUCAGAAAUGUUAUGGAAUGGUCUAGUAUUUCCAUCAGUAUAAAAUAUAUGGCUUCUGUAAAUACAAUGAAUUUUAUGUCAAUUCCAAAAUUGCAUCUCAAGAGUCAUUUUCUACA